AAGAGGAAAUCAACUGUUUAAAACACAGAGGCGAAUAGCGGACAGGGCAGAGAGAAGGACCUGAAACAGCGCACCUGAACUGAACUGGGAGCAGAAAAACUAAGAGAGAGAACAAUACAACCCGCCGUCAAUAUUACAUUACCGCACGAGAGACAACACCGUCUAACUCGAAGCGCUUAUCCUCGAAGUGAAGAUGCAGAUUAAAGUCACGACCUUGACGGGGACUUGUUAUCCCGUGGAAAUGGAUCCCAGCGCCACAGUGGGGCAGCUGAAGCAGGAGAUCGAGUGUCGGUUCAGUGUUCCAGCGUUUAUGAAACUGGCGAUGCAGAAGAACGGGGGCAAAGAGCUGGAAGACGAGGGGAGGCGGCUGAGCGAGUGCGGGCUGGAGCACGGAGACACCGUGGUGAUGGUGGUCACCGAGCCCAAGUCCAUGCAAGUCUUCUUGCGGAAUGACAAGGGCAAGACGCAUACAUACGAGAUCUUCCCGGGGGAGACGGUCACCGAGUUCCGGCAGAAGGUUUAUCGGGUGGAAAAUGUUCCACCGGAUCAACAGGUGCUCCUCUAUGAAUCCAAGCCGCUUCAAGACGGCAGGAAAUUGGAGGAUUAUAACAUCAGGCCCCAUACUACCAUCACCUUGAACCUGCGUCUGAGAGGAGGCUAAGUGCAGCGCUGCGUCCAGUGCCUUCCAGAGAUGCUUAUCAUCUUUGAAUUACACCAUGGACCUGAUCUAUAAGAGCAUAAUUACAGUACUACAGAUUAUCCUUAAUACAGUGACUGUGGAAAUGCGUAUGACUUAAUUGUUUAGCAUUUACAUAACAUACUGUAAACAACCCCCCCCCCCCCCACACAAAAAAUAAUAUAUAUAUAUAUAUACAAGUUUAUGACAUUUUUGUUUUGUUGUUUCUUUUAAGUUAUUAUUUGUGUAUUAAAAUACUUGCUGCAUUCCCUAAGCUAAGGGGUUAUAUAACGUGGUUGGCAUCCCCCAGCACAAACGUUAAAGAGCACCUUUCUUAAAAAAAAAAAAAAUGAUUGCACUUACUUGUGAAUGCUUGCUAGUUUGCACAAUCCCAUUGGCCGGGCUGGCAGCCCGUUUCCUUUUCUGUCCUUUUCUGAGAGAUUCAGCUGAUCAGGGCCAUGCAGCUCUCCUGUUGCAGUGAUUCUGUGAAAAUGUGGUGCAUCUGCUGGGUGUCAAGGAUCGUAACACCUGUCUGCAACAGCUAAUGUGUCCCUGUUUUAAAAAUGAUAUAUUUUGAGUGUGUAACGUUUUACUUUUGUAUAGAUUUGCAAUGAAAUAAAAAUUUAUAAAAAAGUGAAU